AUGGAUAGAGGCUUUCUUUCUUUCUUCGGAGAGACGGGUUCAAAUGCUUUCUUUCUUUACUUUCACUUAUUACCUAAUACCAUAAGGGAAGUCGAAUUCAUUUCUUUCUUUUUAUUCUUAUUACCUAUUCCAAGGUAUGAAUCCAUUUUUUCUUUCUUUCUUAUUAUUAUGUAUUUUUUUUCUUUCUUUCUUUCGAAUUCUUUACUUUCUUUCUUUCUUAAUACCUUUCUUCCUUUAAGGUAUAUAUUCUUUCUCUCCUUUCUUUCUUUUAUUAUUUGUUAUGAUUUUUUCUUCUUUCUUUCUUAUGAUUAUUUCUGUGCUUUCUUCGGAGAAAUUUCUUUCGUUCUUUCUUUCUUUCUUUCUUUUCUUUCUUUCUUUCUUUCUUAUUAUACCUAUUCCAUAAGGAAAAUUAAUGAAUUUUCUUUCUUUCUUUCUUUCUUUCUUUCUUUCUUUCUUUCUUUAACUUUCUUUCUUUGA